AUGUAUACCCAGCUUCGUGGUCGGAUCCUCGAACGCCAGUGCAUGGAACUCCUUCAUGAGCAGGCUGGCCGACCGGAAGCACCACAAGGUGCACAGGAGCAGAAUUUCGCAAUAGAG